CGUUGCGUCAGUAGGACAGUGUCGGUUUAGCUACGAAGGUGAGGCUGAGCAUUGUGUCAGGUGCUUAAAGUAUGUCCGGCCGCGGGAAGCAGGGAGGCAAGGUCCGAGCCAAGGCCAAGUCGCGCUCGUCGCGGGCCGGGCUCCAGUUUCCUGUCGGUCGUGUCCACCGGUUGCUUCGGAAAGGUAACUACGCGGAGCGGGUGGGGGCUGGAGCUCCUGUCUAUAUGGCGGCUGUGCUGGAGUACCUGACGGCCGAGAUCCUGGAGCUGGCGGGCAACGCGGCCCGCGACAACAAGAAGACGCGCAUCAUCCCCCGCCACCUGCAGCUCGCCAUCCGCAACGACGAGGAGCUCAACAAGCUGCUGGGCAAGGUGACGAUCGCGCAGGGCGGCGUGCUGCCCAACAUCCAGGCCGUGCUGCUGCCCAAGAAGACUGAGAGCCAUAAAGCUAAAAGUAAAUAAGUUCGGUGAACAAAGCUACUCAGACUUAGCACGAGAUUUUAAACCAAAGGCUCUUUUCAGAGCCACCCACAGAGUCAGAAAAGAGUUGUGUUGCUUUUUUUACAAAGGUGCUCUCGUGCUGUCUUUACAUGCAGUAUUUUAAACUUUUGUUUCUACUGAAGCGGGAUCAUACAUUUGCUUUCUAACUCUCUUUGUUAAAAAUACUAUCAGU